UAUUCACAGUCUGACAUUCCGGAAGUGAACUUAGUAGCAGUAGACGAUUCUCUGAGGUAUGCCUCUGCAUCCGCGGGGGUCAGAAAAUCCACAAAAGAGGCACCAUUAUACAGGUGCAGCCGCACUGGGUAAAGUAGAGCAAACUUUUUAUUUUACUGGAUAAGACGGGAGCAUAAGGGAGCAUAAUCUCUCCUGGCUUUGGACAGUUCUGCUGAGUAAUCCUGAAAAAGUAAAAUCUUAUGGACGUCCCAGGUGAGCUGCUUGAUUUUUCGGGAUGCAGACCAAAAUAAUUCCUUAUGCAGAAAAUUCAAAGGCUUAAAAAUCACAGCUCUGGGUCUGGCUCCCUCUUGUGGCCUUACAGGGCCCAGCCUAUGUGCUCUCUCUAUAAUUAAAUCAGAACAUCUGUCCUGCACGUUUAACAUCUCCGGUGCAUGAUCUCUUUACUGUUUUGAGAUGUGGACUUUUUAAGAUUAGCAACAUCCGCGAAAGUCUCCCCUAAUGUCUGUUCCAUACCAAGAAUUCUUUGGAUUUUCAUUCCAGCCAGCCAGAUUACGUCAGACGCCCGACGGGUGGAGACGUGCCGCAGCCAGACGGGACAUGACUGCGGAGACGGAGCAGCAGGAGCGGUACAGGUAACUGAAGAUGGCUUUGACAAAAGAGGGGAGAAUUGAGAAAUUGGUCCUGUCACGAUCACAACAGAUCCAGAGAAAUUUCAGAAUGAACUUAAAGAACUCUAUGUACAGGGAGGUGGUGAUUGUCCAGAGAUGAGCGUUGGAGCUAUUAAAAUUGCUCUGGAAAUAUCUCUACCUGGAUCUUUUAUUUAUGUUUUUACUGAUGCAAGAUCUAAGGAUUACCAUCUUGCUAAUGAUGUCCUACAGUUGAUACAACAGAAGCAGUCACAAGUUGUGUUUGUGCUAACUGGAGACUGCGAUGACAGAAGUCAUGUGGGUUAUAAGAUAUAUGAAGAAAUUGCUUCUACUAGCUCUGGCCAAGUAUUUCACCUGGACAAGAAGCAAGUUAAUGAGGUCUUAAAAUGGGUAGAAGAAGCUGUUCAGGCUUCCAAGGUCAACCUUGUGUCUACAGACCACUUGAGUGGAACAUCAUAUACCUGGGAAAUUCCAUUUGACCCAAGCCUAAAAGAAGUUACUGUGUCACUGAGCGGGCCCUCUCCAGACAUCACUCUCCAUGAUCCAUUAGGAAGGCAGAUGAAGCUAGAAACAGGUCUUAAUGAGUUAUUAAAUAUAUUUAAUUCUGCUAAAGUACUAAAUGUUAAAGAACCAGUGGCUGGGAUGUGGAAAAUUAAGACAUCAAGUAAUGGACGUCAUUCAGUGAGAAUCACAGGUGUCAGUACAAUAGACUUUCGGGCAGGGUUUUCCAACAAACCUACGUUAGAUUUCAGUACAACAUCCAGCAGACCUAUACAAGGGAUUCCCACAUAUGUGCUUUUGAACACAACCGGAUUACAACACCCAGCAAGAAUCGAUCGUCUUGAGUUGUUGAGUACAUCAGGACGUGUUCUGGAGACACUUCCAAUAAAGUAUUAUCCAGACAGAAUACCCUAUGAGAUAUGGAAUGUAACUGAAUUUAUCCCACCAAAGGAAGUAUUUUUCCUCAGAAUAACAGGUUAUGAUAAAAAUGAUUACCUGUUUCAGCGGGCGUCCAGUGUUUCAUUUUCUAAUGUUGUUCCAGGAGCUCCAAAAGUGUUAAUGCCCAAAGUAACUCCUGGCUACUACCUGCAGCCUGGUCACAUUCCUUGCUUGAUAGAAAGUCUUAUACCCAUAACUGUGCGUUUCAGCAAGAAUGACAUCAGAUUGGGUGCAGAGCAAAAAUUCCAAGAAUCCAUCAAUGCAAGCUGGGAGAUAGCCAAUGUUUCAUCCCAUGAUGAAGGGUUUUUUGAAUGCUUUGCUACUAGUACAGCAGGCAGUGCGCAGGCUCAGACAUUUUUUGAUGUAAAUGAACCCCCACCUGUAAUAAAAGCUUUACAUAAUCUGACAGUCAAUAUUGGAAAUCAAGCUAUACUGACGUGUGAUGUCUUGAGCACAGUUCGUUACAAUUUUACGUGGCGUAGGAACAACCUUGAUUUAAUACAUGAAAACACUUCUACGAUUUACAUUCUGAGCAACAAUUCUCUGAAGAUAACAAGUGUAAAGAUCAGUGAUGCAGGAGAAUAUGUAUGCUCUGCAGACAAUGAAGGUGGAAGAACUGCAGCUUCUGUAUUCCUUGCAGUACAAGAUCCACCAAACGUUGUUGUAGAUCCCAGAAAUACCACUUUUACUAAAGGAUCCAGGAUUAAAUUGAAGUGCUCUGCAACAGGUUAUCCCCAACCUCAGUUACUUUGGAUGCACAAUGACAUGUUUGUCAGAUUCUCCAACAGGUAUAUAUUAACAGAAGACGGUAGCUUUAUUAUUAAAAAUGCACUGGACAAAGACUCAGGAAUUUACACAUGCCUGGCAACUAACGCUGCUGGAACAGAUAGUCAGGCAUCAAUACUUGUAUAUAUUGAUGCUCCUGUUGUGAGAGUCUUCCAGAAAGAAAUGUUGGUAGCAGCUGAGACAGAGACUAUGAUGCAGUGCGAAACAACAGGUGUUCCUAAGCCUCAGGUGCACUGGUUCAAAGGUGAUGUAAAGUUAAGCACAUCAUCACGAAUGUCUAUUGAUGAUCAUCUUGGGACUUUGAGAAUUAAAACAACGCUGUAUUCAGAUGAGGGAGAAUAUACCUGUGUGGCAAUUAAUGAGGCUGGAAAAGCAAAUGGAAAAGUUAUCCUCCGUGUUGGCUCUGCUCCUGUGUUCACAGAGAGCCCAAGUGAUAUAGCAAUGGAUAUAGGAUCAGAUGUGACAUUGCUCUGUACUGCUCGUGGAUUCCCAGAACCUAAAAUAAAAUGGAGAAAAUUAAAUCACACAUCCAAACAUUCAAAACCACUUAUGUAUAACCAGAGGACUGGGACACUACAUAUUACUAAUCUGUGGGUAGGAGAUGAAGGAACCUAUCUCUGUGAAGCUGAGAAUCAGUUUGGAAAAAUUAAAUCCCAAAUUACUGUUACGCUAACAGGAUUAGUUAUUCCUGUUAUUGGAGAGAGCCCUUCCGUAGUGAAUGUCAUUGAAGGAAACCAGAUCACCUUGCCAUGUGUUAUAUUAGCCGGAAAUCCUCUUCCAGUCAGACAAUGGGUUAAGAAUAACAUAUUAUUGGUUUCAACACCAUAUGUUAGUGUACGAACAGAUGGAAGUCUUCAUCUGGAAAGCGUCCACUUGAAAGAUGGUGGGGAGUAUGUAUGUACAGUGACAAACGCUGUCGGUGCCAGCAGAAAAGAAACAACUCUCAAUGUAUAUGUUAGUCCAAUUAUUCAACAUGGACCCCAGAUUUUUAGUACAGUUGAAGGGCAUGCAGUGUCUCUACCAUGCAAAGCCAGCGGAGUACCUAAACCAUCUAUUAUCUGGAAAAAGAAAGGAGAAAUUAUUGUUCAGAAUAAUGAUUCCACAAUCAUUGAAUCGGAUGGAAGCCUGUUCCUAUCUGCUCCAGGAGGGGAGGAUUCUGGAGAAUAUAUGUGCAGUGCAGUAAAUGCUGCAGGUUAUGCAGCACGUAAAGUUCAACUAACAGUCUACGUUAAACCCAGAAUUUUGAAUCCAGCAGAUGCCAAAGGAAGUUCUAAAAGUCAUAUAGAAAUAUCAGUGAAAGUAGGUGAUGAUGUGACACUGCCAUGUGAGGUAAAGAGUAUGCCUCCUCCAUUCAUUACAUGGGCAAAGGAGAGACAGCUUAUUUCUCCAUUUUCUCAGAGGCACAAUAUUCUUCCAACCGGGUCAAUGAAGAUAUUUGAUACUAGAAUUACUGAUGCAGGGAUAUAUACUUGUGUAGGUACAAAUAUAGCAGGAAAUAUUACACAGUCAAUAAAGCUCAAUGUAUAUGUCCCACCCAAAAUCCAAAGAGGCCCUAAAACUAUAAGAGUAAAUGUUGGACAAAGCUUUGAAAUUGCAUGUAUAAGUCAUGGGAUACCAGCACCCAGAACAUCCUGGUACAAAGAUGGAAGAAUAUUAGAGGUGAAUGAAAGACAUCAGGAUGCGACACUUAGAGUUGAGCGUGCAGAACUUUCAGAUGCAGGAAUGUACACCUGUAUUGCUAGUAACCUAAUCAGCCAGGACAAUGCAAAUGUGACUGUAGAAAUUCGAGCACCUCCUACUUUAUCUGACCUGGAACCUCCUUAUGACAAAACAAACCAGGAGAGAAUUUCCAGCCAACAGGUUUCAUUCCCCUGCCCAGCAAAAGGUAAACCUAAACCAAUCAUUAAAUGGUUGCACAAUGGCAAAGAGUUAACUGGAACAGAACCUGGCAUUAACAUUACAGAGGAUGGGACAUUGCUCAUUAUCAAUUCCUUAACACUAUAUAACAGUGGAGAAUACAAGUGUGUGGCCACUAAUGAAGCAGGAUUAACGGAGAGAAAAUACAAUUUAAAGAUCCAUGAUCCGCCAACUAUUAAAGAAAAGGAAAAAUUGACGAAUGUAUCUGUUUUGCUGAACCAUGCUACAGGCUUAUUUUGUGAUGCUACAGGGAGUCCUUCACCUCUGAUCACGUGGUAUAAUGGAAGCAUACAGGUUGUUGAAAGUGAUAAUGUCCACAUUUUGGAAAAAGGAAAAAUACUGAAGAUACUUGAAACAUCUGUGUCAGAUUCUGGACACUUUACUUGCACAGCUACUAACAUUGCGGGGAGCUCUGAGAAACAGUUCUUUGUAAAUGUUUUAGAUCCUCCUGAAAUUGUUAAUAGUGGAAUCAUCAGUGAUAUGUCUGUGAUUUUUGGAAGUAAAGCUAAGAUGGAGUGUGUGGUGAAAGGGAAACCAUUUCCAGUCAUCCAGUGGUUCAAAGAAAAUAGAUUGCUUGAUACGGGAGACUCGAAUGUGAUCAUUUCAGAAAAUGGACAAAGUCUAUACAUAAAGAGAGUACAUCUAAGUGAUGGUGGACAUUACAAAUGUGUAGCAACUAAUUCAGCAGGUUCACAAAGUAAAGAAAAUAAAUUAACUGUUUUUGUUCCACCCAGCAUCAAGAAUGAAAACACUACAACACAUUUAUCAUUCAAUGUGGACAAUGAAAUACAUUUGGAAUGUGAUGCAAAGGGAAUUCCACACCCAACAAUAACAUGGUAUAAAGAUGGACACAUAAUUGUUCCCAGCACACAUGUCAUUUUCAUUGAGAAUGGUAAAUAUCUACAGAUUUCUGAGGCUAAGAUCACAGAUUCAGGCAAUUACAUAUGCCACGUGGCUAACCCUGUCGGACAUGCAGAGAAGACAUAUCAAGUUGAUAUUUAUGUUCCAGCUUCAGUUGAUGGAGAAUUUAGCAAACCUCAUGGUAAAAAGGUCAUCGCUGGUACCCCACUUAUACUGGAGUGUAAAGCCAGUGGCCAUCCAGUACCUUUAAUAACCUGGCUAAAAGAAGGAGUGCCUAUCCAGACAAAUGGCAACAUUCGUCUUCUGUAUAGUGGCAAACAACUGGAGAUAAAAACAACUGAGGAGUAUGACCAUGGGCAAUAUACUUGUGUGGCUACUAAUAUAGCCGGAGAAGCUCAAAUAAAAUAUGAUGUUAGUGUUUUAGUACCGCCGACCAUAGAAGAUACAGAUGAUCCCGGAGAUUACAUUGUUAUUGCCAGUACUCCUCUGGAAUUGGAAUGUUAUGUUAAAGGAACACCCUUCCCAACUGUAAAGUGGUUGAAAAAUGGAAUUCCCCUAGAGGUCAGCAGUGAUUUACAUAUACAGUCAAAUGGACAAAAACUCUUCAUUCCAAAUUCAGAGUCAUCAGAUAGUGCAGUGUACGAGUGCAUUGUCAGUAAUGAAGCUGGGACCAGCAGAAAACUGUAUAACAUUAGUGUCCAUGUUCGUCCUUCCAUAAAACCUGAGCAAUCACCAAUAUCUGUAUUAAUGCACAAAGCAGUAACUUUACGAUGUAUUGCUAGUGGAAUUCCUGGUCCCCACAUUACUUGGUUAAAAGAUGGACUACCAUUUAAUGUUGUCAAAGAAAAUCUCAGGGUGGGAUCAUUUGGUCGCAUUUUGCAGUUCAGAAAUACUCUGUUAGAAGAUGCUGGGAAAUACACCUGUGUGGCAACAAAUGCAGCCGGAGAAGCUGAGCUAAACAUUUGGUUAAAUGUUUAUGAGCCUCCAAAAAUAGAGAAUUCAGGUGAAGUCCUUUAUGAAACAGUACUUGCCAAUCACCCUGUGAUACUUGAAUGUAUAGCAUCAGGCAACCCUCAUCCUGUUGUUACUUGGUCAAAGGAUAACCACCCUCUCAUAGCAACUGGUGGAGAUAUCUUGUCAAAUCAUGGAAAAGUAUAUCAGAUAAUAAGUGCUCAGAUUUUAGAUGCUGGUGUUUAUAAAUGCAUAGCAAGUAGCAUAGCAGGCACAGCUGAACUCACUUAUGUUCUGCAGGUACAAGUUCCUCCAUUUAUUUUUGGUACAAAUGAACCUGUUACUGUGAUAAUCAACAAUCCCUUAAGGCUGGAAUGUGAAGCCACUGGGUUCCCAACGCCUGGUUUAACAUGGUUAAAAAAUGGUAGUCCAGUAUCCAGUAUCCGUGGUGGAAUUCAGAUACUUUCAGGUGGCAGAGUUCUGUUAUUAACAUCAUCACAGGUUGGUGAUUCAGGAAAAUAUACAUGUGUGGCAGUUAAUGCUGCUGGAGAACAGCAAAAGGAUUUUGACUUAUCUGUGUUUGUGCCACCAAACAUCAUGGGAGAAGAACAAAAUGUAUCAGUCUUACUAAGUGAAACACUGGUGAUGAAGUGUGAAAGCAAUGCAGUACCCCCUCCUGCACUGACCUGGUUCAAAGACUGGACACCACUGGUAAACAGAUCAGGUCUCAUGAUUUCUGACAAUGGAAGUAUUCUAUGGGUUGAGGGUGCUCAGGUGACAGACACUGGGCGAUACUCUUGUGAGGCUGUUAACAUUGCUGGUAAAACCGAAAAAAACUUCAAUGUCAAUGUAUUGGUUCCUCCCACGAUAAAGGAUUCCUCAGAAGCAUCAGAGGUUAUAGUCAUUGAAGGAACACUAAUUAGCCUUGUGUGUGAUUCAAGCGGCAUUCCAGCUCCAACAUUGUCCUGGAAAAAGAAUGCUGUUGCACUAAAGCCAGAUGGUACUGGACGAGUGCGUUCACAUUCUGGAGGACGACACCUGCAGAUUGUGGCAGUUGUGAAAUCAGAUGCAGGAUCAUAUACUUGCACUGCUUUUACCUCGGCAGGGACUGCGACAAAGACGUAUAAUGUGAAGGUUUAUGUUCGUCCCACUAUAAAUGACAGUGGAAAAGUUCCCACAGAGGUUGUGGUGGUCCAAGGAAAUAAUGUGACUCUUGAGUGUGAGUCCAAUGGAGAACCUCAGCCCAUGUUGACCUGGCUGAGAGAUGGCGUUCCUGUAAUUAAUGGAGAUGGAUUCAAAAUCCUCAACAAUGGGAGACAACUUCAUUUAGAGAAGGUUCAUGUGUCAAGCUCUGGCCAUUAUGUGUGUGUAGCAGUGAAUGUGGCUGGACAAUCUGAUAAGAAAUACGACCUAAGGGUAUUUAUCGCCCCAAGAUUCUCUGGAGGAUUUCAGGAGCAUGAAAAUGUAAGCGUUGUAGAGAAAAAUCCAGUGACGCUAUCAUGUGAGGUUUCGGGGAUCCCACCACCCAGAGUAACAUGGUACAAGGAUAACCGUCUCAUCAACCUGAAUCAGACACCCCAAGUAAUGUCAGGUGGUAUGAUCCUCCGCUUUUUACACACUGCAGUCUCAGAUGCCGGAAGAUACCACUGUGUGGCUUCAAAUGCUGCAGGAGAAGAGAUUAAGCAUUUCCACCUAAAUGUAUUAGUGCCACCUAGAUUUGUCGAGAAUGUUUUGGAAAAUGUAAAGAUAAAAGAAAAAAGCCACGUGAACCUUUCCUGUGAAACAACAGGUAAUCCUGUACCACAGAUAAUAUGGCUGAAAGAUGGACAGCCUUUGCAGGAGGACAGUCAUCAUCGACUUGAAAAUGGGGGACAGAAUUUUCAAAUCACCAGUGCCAUAGUAUCAGACACAGGACGGUAUAUAUGUGUUGCUUCCAAUUUAGCAGGGGAUAAAAGCAGAAGCUUUAGUCUUGGUGUUAUGGUAUCUCCAACAAUUUCUGGUGCCAAACCUAAGGAAUCGCCUGAGGAUGUCAGUGUGAUUCUGCACAGCUCAGUGUCACUAUCCUGCGAUGUUUACUCCCAGCCCCCGGCCACCAUAUCCUGGUAUAAAGAUGGAAAUAAGAUCCAAUCAAAGGAUGAUGUCAGGAUUCUACCAGGUGGGCGUACUCUUCAGAUCUUAAAAGCUCAAGAAGGCAGUUCAGGGAAGUACAGCUGCAUUGCAUUUAAUGAGGCCGGACUUGGUGAACAUCAUUAUAAUUUGAAAGUCUAUAUUCCACCCCGAAUUACAAAGGAUGAUUUUACAGGAAUUGGGAUAUUUUCAAAGCAGGUGAAAGCCAAAGUAAACACCAACUUUACUCUUGAAUGUGAUGUGAAGGCAUUCCCACUGGCCACAGUCACAUGGUACAAAGAUGGACAGACAUUUGAUCCUGAGAAUCUAUUGAUGGUUAAUGGAAAUAAGCUCUAUGUAGAUAAAGCACAGCUGUCAGAUACCGGGCGUUACACCUGUGUGGCAUCCAAUAUCGCUGGAGAAGAUGAAUUAGACUUUGAUGUCAUUAUACAAGUGCCUCCAAUCUUUCCAAAGCUGUCCGGACUCUUGCUGAAUGCUGAAAGCAACAUCAUUGGAAGAAAUGGCGAUAACAAAGAUGUCAUUGUCAACAACCCAUUUUCACUUUAUUGUGAAACCAAUGCUGUGCCACCACCAACUAUCACAUGGUAUAAGGAUGGCAACUUGUUGACCUCAAGUGACAAAGCAUUUAUAUUGCCAGGGGGACACAGUCUACAGAUUGCAAGGGCACAAAUAGAGGAUACUGGAUCCUAUUAUUGUGUUGCUAUAAAUGAAGCUGGAAAAGAUUCCCUACAUUAUAAUGUCCGGGUUCUAUUACCUCCAACUUUUGAAGAAGCCAAUGAAAAUUUGUUAGAGAAUAUUACGUCUCUGGCAAAUCACACAAUAUUGUUGGACUGCAGUGUGAAAAGCGAUCCUGCGCCCACAGUACACUGGCAGAAAGACGGACAUGUCAUCAAGGAAGGAAAACAAUAUCAGAUUUUAUCCAGUGGAUUAUAUCUGCAGAUCACAAAUGCUCAGUUACUGGAUACUGGACGAUAUAUCUGCAUUGUUGAGAAUGAGGCAGGAAGUGCACAGAAGCUGUUUAACAUAAACAUUCAUGUUCCUCCCAGAGUCGCAGGCAGUAUCUUUGAAAAUGUCACUGUUGUAGAAAAUAAUUUUAUUUCUCUGACUUGUGAAGUAACUGGAUUUCCACCACCUUCAAUAAACUGGCUAAAGGAUGGCAAUAUCCUUACUAGUAGCAAGCAUCUGUUUAUUGUGCCAGGUAGCAGGAUAUUACAGAUCCCUCAAACCAAACUGGCAGAUGCUGGAGAAUAUGUAUGUAUUGCCAAUAACCAAGCCGGAGAAAGCAAGAAAAGAUUCUCUCUUAAUGUCUAUGUGCCUCCUACAAUCCUUGGUGGUAGCAGUGAUUCCAGUAUUGAGGUUAACAUUGCUUCAUCCUUCUCGAUGGAAUGUGAAUCAAAUGCUAUCCCACCUCCUGUUACCAGCUGGUAUAAGAAUGGCCAGUUGCUUGUAAACUAUGCUAAUUACAGGAUCCUAAAUGGAGGACAGACAUUAAAUAUUAAGAGUGUUCAGGUAUCUGAUACUGGGGAAUAUGACUGUAUUGCAACAAAUGUUGUAGGACAUGACAGGAAGAAAUUUUUGCUGAAUGUUCAUGUUCCUCCAAGUAUACAAGGUCCACAGGAGGAGUAUCACAAUGGAACUAUCCCAAACUCUGUUACCUUUUCGUGUGAUGCUUAUGGGAUUCCUACACCAACAAUUAACUGGCUUAAGGAUGGAAAUCAGAUAAAUCAUUCAGAUUUAUUGGAGACUUACUUCCUUUCUGGCGGGAGCAAAAUGAAAAUAACCAGAGCUCAGCUCACAGAUGGUGGAAAUUACACAUGUCUUGCAUCAAAUGUAGAAGGCAGAGCUCAGAAACACUUCAUUCUGACUAUUCAAGUUCCCCCUAGCAUUGCUGGCUCUGGAACUCCAAAUGAGAUCAACGCUUCACCAGCUGAAGACAUACAGAUGGUGUGCACGUCUGGUGGAAUUCCUGCACCUUACAUUUACUGGCUAAAGGAUGGAAAACAUAUCAGCCACAAUGGUCACUUCCUCAUUAACAAAACCCGGAGUGGAGACAUUUUAUCCAUUCUAAAUGUUCAAGUAGCUGAUAUGGGAAAAUACACAUGCGUGGCUACCAAUUCUGCUGGUGAAGAUGACAGGAUAUUCAACUUAAACGUACAUGUUCCUCCAAAGAUUGCUGAUAACCAAGGAAAACCCUUAGCACUGACAGCGAUUUUAGAUACUUCAAUAAACAUUGAAUGUCUGGUAACUGGUGACCCAACACCGCAAAUCAAUUGGCUGAAAAAUGGUCUCCCACUUUCUGUGUCCUCACAAAUACGACUUCUUUCUUCAGGACAAGUGUUCAGGAUUUCCAGAGUACAGAAAUCUGAUGAAGGUUCCUACACUUGUAUUGCUUCAAACAGAGCUGGCGUGGACAAAAAAGAUUACAAUUUAAAAGUCUACGUGUUGCCGAGCAUGGAUGAUGCAGACAUAACUGAACAGCUGUCCACUGUAAAGGGAAACCCUACCAUAAUGACAUGUAUUGCUGAUGGGCAUCCUGUGCCCCAUAUGUCGUGGCUAAAAGAUGGAAAUGCUAUUCAUCAUGUACAGGGUGAAAGGAUGGUACUGCAGAUCCCGAAUACAGACAUGAGUGACAUUGGCAGAUACACAUGUAUUGCAGCUAACGAGGCAGGCAGUGUCCGCAAGCACUUCAUACUCGAUGUUCUUGAGCCCCCGCAUAUUAAUGGAUCAGAAAACACAGAUGAAUUGUCAGUGGUUGUCAAUAACCAAUUAGACCUUGUUUGCUACACAAUGGGUUUCCCACCCCCGAUAAUAACUUGGCUUAAAGAUGGCCAGAUGGUUUCUCAGACUGACAAUGUCAGCUUCAUGAGAGGAGGACAGAUACUUCACAUAGCAAGUGCCCAGGAAGAGCACAUUGGACUUUAUACUUGUGUGGUAUCAAACCGUGCAGGAGACGCUAAAAAAGAAUUUUCUGUAAAGGUUCAUAUGCCUCCAAACAUUGCCGGCAUCAGCGGAAUCCAUAAUAUUACAGUGCUGCAAAAUAAGCAAAUUAGUCUGGAAUGUAAAUCUGAUGCUAUCCCAGCACCAGAAAUUACAUGGCUAAAGGAUGACAGUCCAUUAUCGAUCAGCUUCCGAGUGCAAAUUCUAUCCGAUGGACGAUAUCUGCAGAUUGACAAUGCUGAGGUGACAGAUACUGGAAGAUAUACUUGUAUUGCUAGUAAUAUUGCUGGACAAACCACCCGAGAGUUUGUGCUGAACAUCUAUGUUCCUCCUUCAAUAAAAGAGGGGCCUAAUUUAGUGACCACCUUGGAUAACAAGCCUGCUCAUUUGGAGUGUAUUGCUACUGGUGUCCCUUCACCACGUGUGUCAUGGAGAAAGGACGGCUCUAUUCUGCCUGGAAAUAAUGACAGGUAUUUAAUAUCAGAAUCUGGUUCUCUCUACUUUCCAUCAGCUGAUACCACAGACUCUGGUUAUUACUUCUGUCUAGCAACUAAUGCAGCUGGAUCCAACCAGAGGCAAAUUGAGCUUCUAGUUUAUGAUCCUCCAGUCAUAAAUCCAGGUCCAAGAAAUGUCACAGCAAUCAUAAACCUCCAAACAACAUUGGUUUGCAAUGUGACAGGUACCCCUAAGCCAAAAGUGGAAUGGAAGAAAAAUGGACAUCUAAUUAACACAGAGAUAAAUCAGAAUAUUUACAGACUUCUGUCUUCCGGAUCACUCUUGAUCAUCUCUCCAACUAUAGAUGACACAGGGUCAUAUGUGUGUACUGCUUCAAAUGAUGCUGGGCAUGAUGAAAGUGAGGUUUAUCUGUCAGUACUAGUACCAUCAUCCAUUGCUGAUGAAGUGUCAAAUAUUUUUGUGAAUAAAUUGUCAUCUGCUAUAAUUCCCUGUACUACAUAUGGUGUUCCGCAACCAGCAGUCCACUGGUUGAAGGAUGGAAUAAACCUUCCUCCUAAAGGAGACAGCUACAAGACACUGGCAUCUGGAAGUAUUGAAAUACCACAUACAGAAUUAACUCAUGCCGGAAGGUACAUCUGCAGGGCGAUUAAUGAGGGCGGCUCUGCAGAAAUUCAUAUAAAUCUCCAUGUUCAAGAGGUACCCAUCAUACUUGGUCAAGCUGAUUACAUGGAGGCAAUCCUAAAUCACUCUGUUACACUUUUAUGUGAUGCCCUGGGGUCUCCCCCACCUACUAUAACAUGGCAAAAAGAAGGUGUUGGUAUAAAAACAGGAAAUCGUUACACAAUACUCUCCAAUGGUAACCUUAAAAUUGUGAUGGUCACCCAAGAAGAUGUUGGUACUUACACUUGUAUUGCACAGAAUCCAGCUGGUACCGCACUGGGGAGAAUUAAACUGAAAGUUCAUGAGCCACCAGUGAUAAAACCACACCAGAAAGAAUACACUGUUGUUGUGGAUAAAUCUGUCACCAUGUUGUGUGAGGCCCAUGGGAGCCCAGCACCUGAGAUUGGCUGGCAUAAAGAUGGAGCACCUCUUGCUAAGUCACCUGGACAGAGGAUAAUUGGCACUGGCGGUUUACAGAUAGCAUUUGCCCAUCCAGAUGAUGCAGGCCAGUACAUGUGUACAGCAGAAAAUGUGGCAGGGACUAUCAGUUCCAGCAUGAACCUAUCUGUUCUGAUUCCUCCUCAAAUUCUAAAAAACAGCAAAGAAUUGUCAGUGACACACAGCUCCCAAAUUAUAAUUUCCUGUACAGCAUAUGGAAAUCCAGCUCCAGAAAUAUCCUGGAUGAAGGGCAAUGUCCUGAUAACAGAUAAGACUGGGAAACAAGCAGUGCUGAAAUCUGGGGAAUUUGUCUUGCACAAUGCUGAGCAUGAUGAUGUUGGUAAUUACACCUGUAUGGCUAAUAAUGUUGCUGGAACGGACUUCCACACAGUAGUCCUCACCAUUCACUAUCGUCCAUCUUUUACUGAACUGCCCACAAAUGUGUCACUUAAUGAAGGAGAAAAGCUACAGUUAUCAUGUAAAGCAACAGGAAGUCCUUUACCGCAAAUAACAUGGGCCAAUAAGGAUAGAAUUAUAAUUGCACCAGCUGGAAGGUCUAAACUUCUGAAUGAUCUUGUUAUUGAGAGGGUUUCAAAACAGGAUGCUGGUACAUAUACCUGCAUAGCAGAAAACAUAGUAGCAGCAAUCAAUACCACAGUAUAUGUAUUUGUGAAGGACCCUCCUGUUAUUGUCGAAAUCCAUAAUGCCAACCAGAGUGUGCCCUUAGGGAGCAGCAUUAUCUUGCAUUGCACAGUAAGAGGAAAUCCUACCCCUAAGAUAGAGUGGAGCAAGAAAGGAAAUGGUAUUCUGUUUAACAGGCGGUUUAAACAGUUUCAGAAUGGAUCUCUAGCUAUUUACAAUACUGUGAAUGAAGAUGCUGGUGAUUACACAUGUGUAGCUACAAAUGAUGCUGGUGUAACAGGACAUACAGUGACAUUAUCUCUGCAAAAACUACCCAUUAUAACAGUUCAUCCAAUUAACACUACUGUGAAUGCUGGUGCAACUGUGGUUUUAGACUGUCAGUCAGAAGGAGAACCAAAGCCUGACAUUUAUUGGGCCCGUCUGAGUCAUCCCAUCUCUGGGGAUAAUCGUCUUACAGUGUUGCCAAACAACUCUCUGCAAAUUGUUGCAGCUUCCAAAGAAGACACUUCUGUUUAUGAAUGCAGAGCUACCAAUAUCAUGGGAUCAGCUAUUGUAAAGGCUUUAUUCACUGUGCAAGUGCACGGUGGUUUUUCUGAGUGGCUGUCGUGGCAGUCCUGCAGCGUGACUUGUGGCCAGGGAGUUCAGAAACGAGUGCGACAAUGUGACAACCCUGCCCCAGCAAAUGGCGGAUUGGCCUGUCAAGGAGAAGAGACUGAGACCAGGAUCUGUCAAAAUAAACAGUGCCCAGUUGAUGGGAGUUGGUCAGACUGGAGCCCAUGGGAGCAGUGUUCUAAAACAUGUUCAAGUGGUAAACGUACAAGAAUACGAAUGUGUAAUGAUCCCCCUGCCCAAGAAGGUGGGAAAUCAUGUGUUGGAAAAUCCGUUGAUGUUGAAGUUUGCAAUUCAAAACCUUGUCCAGUUCAUGGUAUAUGGAGUCCAUGGCAAACCUGGAGUCCAUGCAGCAAGACAUGCGGAAAAGGAACUCAGACACGUAUAAGGUUCUGUAAUAAUCCCCCACCAUCAUUUGAAGGAGCAAAUUGUGAAGGACAGGACACACAAACACAGAUUUGCAAUGACCAGCACUGUCCAGUGGAUGGUAAAUGGUCAGCUUGGGGUAGCUGGACAUCCUGCAGUUUAUCAUGCGGAGGAGGACUUCGUCAAAGGUUUCGGGAAUGUGCAAAUCCAGCACCACAGUACGGAGGUCACAAAUGUGAAGGGAAAGAGUAUGAAAAUGAUCUCUGUAAUGGAGACCUGUGUCCAAUUCAUGGAAACUGGGGGACUUGGAGUUCAUGGGGAACCUGCAGCCGUACCUGUAAUGGGGGGCAGAUGAGGAGAUAUCGGACAUGUGACAACCCUGCUCCUUCGAACAGUGGUAGAGGCUGUGCUGGCACUGACACAGAUGUACACAAAUGUAACACAGACAAGUGUCCUAUUAAUGGAAAUUGGGGUCCAUGGGAAGCUUGGAGUAAAUGCUCUAGUUCUUGUGGAGGUGGACAGCAGAUUCGGACACGUUUGUGUAAACAUCCCAUCCAAUCUAACAAUGGUCGUACCUGCCAAGGAGAUUCCACGCAGCUGCUGAGAUGUAAUGUUCAUGCAUGCAAAGAAGGAGCUCAGUUUAUAAGAGGAACCCUGGUGGGAACUAUCAAUGAUGUAGACUUUGGCAUUGCUCUUCUCAAUGGUACAAUCACGAACUCCCCUGAAUCACACAGUAGUACAAUCAAGGCAACAUUUACCAACAUCCCUAAAAGCCUAGGCCCCUCUAUGAGGAAUCUUGCAUCUGUUCUGAAUCCUAUAUAUUGGACAGUAGCAAAAGAGACUGGAGAAGCAGUUAAUGGCUUUACGCUCACAGGUGGUGAAUUUAAAAGAGAAUCUCAAGUGGAGUUUGCAACAGGAGAAAUCGUGCAGAUCACUCACAUUGCACGAGGCCUUGAUGCUGAUGGCUCCAUUCUGCUGGAUACAGUUGUGAAGGGAUAUAUACUGCAACUACAGUCUUCUGUUGACAUAAAGGAUUACACAGAGGAUUAUGUCCAAACAGGUGUUGGUGAAAUCUAUGCAUACUCAACACGAAUGUUCUACUUGGGCGGAGUGAGUGUACCAUAUGCCUGGAAUCAUUCUAUUAGUUAUGCUCCCAGCCAUGGGAAAAUGCCUUUUAUGGUGGAGACAUUACAUGUGUCUUCUGUAGAAGCAGAAUACAACCCUCUAGAAGAAACUCUUGGCUUUCAGAUGCAUGCUUCCAUAUCCAAAGGUGAUCUGGAUGGUCAGUGUCCUUCUGGAUUUAAUGAUGUUUCGGGACUCUACUGUGCAGAUGAUGAUGAAUGUGCCACCCACAAACCAUGCUCACAUUUAUGCCACAAUAUUAUGGGAAGUUACUACUGCUCUUGUCCCAGAGGUCUCAUGAUCUCAGAUAAUGGAAGGACCUGUCAUGACAUUGAUGAGUGUACUCUGGAAGAUUCCAUCUGUCAUAAAAAUCAGCAGUGUAAAAACACAAUUGGUUCUUAUACAUGUGUUCUGAAGUGCGGAGUUGGAUUCACAGCUGCUACGAAUGGCCUAGACUGUCAAGACAUUAAUGAGUGCAAAGAGUCAAACCCUUGUCAUCAGCGCUGCAUUAAUAGCAUUGGAAGUUACCACUGUGGCUGUGAUCCAGGCUUUCAUUUGAAAGGCAGAAGAUGUUUUGAUCUAAAUGAAUGCCGCCAGACAGUGUGCAAGCCAGACCAGCUUUGUAAAAACACACGUGGUAGUUAUAAAUGCAUUGAUAUAUGUCCCUCUGGAUUUACCAAGGUGGAGAAUGGAUCAUGUGUAGAUAUUAAUGAGUGCAGAGAUGCUACACAUCGAUGUCAAAACAAUCAAAUAUGUGAAAACACGCACGGCAAGUAUCUUUGCACUUGUCCCCGUGGGUUCAAGUCUGAAGAUCCUGGGAAGCCUUGUGUAGAUAUCAAUGAAUGCGAAAAGCAAGAUGCAUGUCAACAUGAAUGCAAAAAUGUUCUUGGAAGUUACCAGUGUCUCUGCCCAAUCGGUUAUCAGCUAAUGGCCAAUGGAAAGACGUGUCAAGAUAUUGAUGAAUGCCUUGUCCAGGACAUUCAAUGUGGUGUGAACCAGAUGUGUUUCAACAUGAGAGGAAGUCACCAAUGCAUAGACACUCCUUGUCCUCCAAACUACCUCCGGGACUCUUCUUCUGGGUAUUGCCUGAAGAACUGUGCACCAAAUGAUUUGGAAUGUUCUCUCAGCCCAUAUGCCUUGCAGUACAAGUUGGUUUCACUUCCAUUUGGCAUUGCUGCUAAUCAAGACUUAAUCCGCUUGGUUGCUUACACACAGGACGGCAUAUUACAUCCAAGAACAACAUUCCUUAUAAUUGACGAAGAUCCUACACUGCCCUUUUCUAUAAGGGAAGAAAAUAUGAAAGGAGUUGUUUUUACCACUAGACCCCUGAGAGAGCCAGAAACCUAUAGAAUGAAAGUGAAAGCUUUAUCAUAUAGCAUAGAUCGCACCAUUGAAUAUCAGACUACUUUUAUUGUUUAUAUUUCUGUGUCCCCCUACCCUUACUAGGCAUUGUUUGUCAGUCUUGUUUUUAAGCCUUAUGCUAGUCUGUAAUUUAAUACUUGAAAGGUUUUCCAAUAUAGGAAGCUAUUUUGAUAAAUAAAAUACACCAUCUGUAAAUGAUUACUGCUUGCCUUUAGCAACCGAAGAUUCAUUAAACUGCCAAAUUGGUCAUUCAGAAAAGCAAAUAUGUUGUAGUUAGAGAUAUGUUUAUCAAUAGUUAUUUAUUAAGAAAAUCUUCCUGCUUUUAUAUAUUUAGUACAAUAUGCUAUUCCACUGAAAGCAAUAAUUAAAGUUUUGAAAUGAUCUUGCAAGAUAAUGUUUAAAAAUGAUGUUAACACAAUUAUGUUUAACUUGAACGUGUAAAACUGUUACAGUUUUUUAUAUAGUAGCAAAUACAUAAAUUCACCUUUCCAAAGUCUGAGUUAAUAA